UUAAAUUAGGAAGGAGUUAAAAGGUGGUGGUGUGUUUGUAUAUUUACAUACAUAUGUAUACACAGUAAGAGAGACAACUUUUCCUUUAUCUCUCUGGCCUUCAGUUAAAGUUUGAAGGAAUUCUGGUAUUUUUCAUGGUUAAAGCCACAGGAAGGUUAAUUCUUGGGUAUUGGAUGAUUAAUGAAUUCAGUUGAUUGAAGAAGACAAACAAGAAUGAAUAUCAGCAGCUCUGAUCUCAUUGAUGCAAAGCUUGAAGAACAUCAAUUAUGUGGAUCCAAACACUGUCCCGGUUGCGGUCAUAGACUGGAAGGAAAACCGAAUUGGGUGGGUCUACCAGCAGGAGUAAAAUUCGAUCCAACAGAUCAAGAAUUGAUUGAACAUCUUGAAGCCAAAGUUGAAGCCAAGAACUUGAAAUCUCAUCCGUUGAUUGAUGAAUUCAUCCCUACAAUUGAAGGUGAAGAUGGGAUUUGUUAUACACAUCCAGAAAAGCUUCCAGGAGUUACACGAAAUGGAUUGAGCAGACACUUCUUCCACCGCCCUUCCAAAGCAUACACCACGGGUACUAGAAAAAGAAGAAAAAUCCAAACUGAAUGUGAUCUACAAGGCGGUGAAACCCGUUGGCACAAAACGGGUAAAACCCGACCCGUUAUGGUUAAUGGAAAGCAAAAAGGGUGCAAGAAAAUCUUGGUACUCUACACAAACUUCGGUAAAAACCGGAAACCUGAAAAGACAAAUUGGGUGAUGCAUCAGUAUCACCUCGGACAACAUGAAGAAGAACGCGAGGGUGAGCUCGUGGUGUCAAAAAUAUUUUACCAAACUCAACCAAGGCAAUGUAAUUGGUCUGAAAAGGUUAAUAAUAACAAUCUUUUAUCAAAUGUGAUACAUAUUGAAGGAUCGAAUAAUGAGAUGAACAGAAGAGAGAGUAGGAGUGGAAGUGGGAGUUGUUCAUCUUCUAAAGAAAUAAACAUAACUACCACUACUCCACCAGUUCAUAACAACAUGGAUGAACUCUCUGCUGUUAGUGUUAGUGCAGUUAUGUCGAGUUAUAAUCCGAUGGAUCAAAUGCAACAGUUGAAAGGCGUCGAUAAUUUUAGCUUCCUCCCUUUUCGAAAAAGUUUUGAUGAGGUUGGUACAACUGGAGGUGAGGCGUCAACCAGAAGCGAUCAUAGAAGGAUGGGAAGUAUCACGUGCGAUGAGCAUGACCUACAACAGCAGCAUCACGUGACACAUGAGAACCACCAACAAAAUCCACAUCAUCAUCCACAUCAACACCAGAUGGCAGCGGCUGCUUUCCACGUCAGCAGGCCAAGUCAUUCUGUUUCCACCCUCGUCCCUCCGCAUCCCCUACAUCACACCUCCAUUAUGCUUGAUGAGGACUCAUUCCAUGUCUCUAGAAUGAUGGACAAUUUUCAGCAGCAACAACACCAUCAUCACAAAAUUGGAGGGAGAUCAACAUCAGGAUUGGAAGAACUGAUUAUGGGGUGCACUCCAUCAUCAUCAACUGAUAUCAAAGAAGAGUCAUCCAUAACAAACCACCAAGAGACAGAUUGGUUGAAGUACUCCACCUUCUGGCCUGAUCCUGACAGUCAAGAUCAUCAUUGAAAUAAACAAAAAAGAAAGACACCAUCACUGUCAUCGUCAUCAUGACCACACCCUACUUGAACACCCUAGUUGCGGGUUCUUUUUCACCAAUAUAGACCCCAUUUAUUCACUUCUUUACCUUCUUUUUCUUUAUUACUUUCCCCUCUUUCUCUCUCUUUCCUUCUCUCUAGAACUCUUUGCAUUUGCAGGCCUUAGAUAAAUAUACAAAUCAGGGCUCAAACAGAAACUAACUGUACAACAAAACCCCAUUGGAAAAGAGAAAAGAAGCAUCCAAAAAGAGGCAAAAGAACAUAAAAGAAUUCAAGAAAAGGUUAUUGUCUACUGACACUAAGAUGGACGAGCAAAACCCAUAACAAAAGAAAAAUCAAACCUUCUUUUUGCAUGAAAAUCAUCACCAUCAUGAUUACAAUAUACAAUCUUUUAUGGUUAUAUAUUAUUAUUAUUAUUAUUAUUUUUUUAAUUAUUUGUUUUUUCAAGUGUCUUGUAUACAACACUCCACCCCUCCCCCCUCAUGUUUCAAUUGUUUUUAUGUAGAGGGUAUAGAAUAUAAAUAGAAUUUGUGCAUAAUAUUAUUGGUUUU